AAAAAAAAGUAACAACCAGGGCUUCCCUGGUGACGCAGUGGUUGAGAAUCUGCCUGCUAAUGCAGGGGACACGGGUUUGAGCUCUGGUCUGGGAGGAUCCCACAUGCCGCAGAGCAACUAGGCCCGUGAGCCACAACUACUGAGCCUGCGUGUCUGGAGCCUGUGCUCCGCAACGAGAGGUCACGAUAGUGAGAGGCCCGCGCACCGCGAUGAAGAGUGGCCCCCGCUUGCCACAACUAGAGAAAGCCCUCACACAGAAACGAAGACCCAACACAGCAAAAAUAAAUAAACUCCUACCCCCAACAUCUUCUUUAAAAAUAAAAAAAAGUAACAACCACCUACAGGAAAAAAAAAUCUAAAAAAUAUAUGCAAGAUCGUAACAUGGAAAUCUACAAAAACACCACUGAAAGAGACUGAAGACGACCUAAUUAUGCCAUGUCCACAGACUGGAAGACUCAAACUGCAACACAAGUCAAACCUGGACAGGCUGCUCCCACCGUAGACAAGGAAACACAUGGACCACGAAGAGCCUGGAAGCUCUUGCAGACAGAGGAGGAUCUGCUCUGCCUCCAUGGUUCAGGGGGAGCCCAGAAAGGGCCAGGCUAUGCGGCCCCUGACCAUGUCAAGGGUGGCGUCCAGGAGUGAAGAGGGAAGGAAAGCCACUGCACUAAAUGUGGGGAGGCGAUCAUAACCCACCAAAAAGAAUGAAACGAGCAUCACCUCACUCUUAGGAAGUGAAAGGGUGGCCCAAAGACGUCACAGAGAAAGGUAGGGCAGUGACGUGUUCACACAGUAUUUUAAGAGAAUACACUCAAGUCCAUGUGCUGAACGGGACCUGAAAUCAUGAUACAUACAUCAGCCUAGAUAAAAAAAACUUUUUUUGCAGUUUUUCCAUUUAAGGAACACCUUAUGAGACCAUGUUAAAAUUAAGAACUCUCACCAGAAUCACAAUGAAGAGAAUGGAGGCAAACCACAGUGCAGAAGACAACACUGGCCACACAUACCUAACAAGGGGCUUGCAUCCAGCAUACAGUUUUAAAAAAAACAUAAGUUACACUGACAGCAAAAGACUUAAACAUGUACUUUACAGAAAAGGACAAUCCACUGGCCAAUGAACCUCCCUGUGAACAGCUGCCAUCAUUAGUGAUUGAACAAACACAGGACAAUGAAAGCCACUGUCCCCCCACCUUCAGGGCUGAGAAGACAGGGUGGGGGUGGUGUUGAGGGCACCCCUAUUGGCUCCAGGAAGGUGUGACCCCUAACUACCCCGGAAGGGGUUGGCCUUACCUGCAAGGAUGACACAGGCUGGUCCCAGUGGGUCCACUCAGGACCACAGGAACGCACAAGGGCCCCACAGGGUCGUAGCACCACGACAGGAAGGAGGGAAGGGAUGCUAUGACUUGGCACACGAGUGGCUGGGCCUGGGGCUUCUGUACAACACCAUUUCCACAAAGACCAGAAACCAGACUCCUCGGGGGGACCCUCAGGGGGUGAACUGUAAAGAGAGACCAGGGCAGUAGUCAGCCUGGGUCAGGACUGGCCGCUUUGGGGGAGCAGGGACAGAGCUGGCCCCGGGCGGCCAGAAUAGAGGUCUUUUCUGAACUCAGCAGGCUGAACACCAGUGCUACCGCAGGACUCGAGAAAGGUUUACAAAUACCUAACCUGCCUGCCACAGUCCCGAUAAGGGUUCUCUGCCACACAAGCUCGACUGGGGAUUUACAGGAAGUUUCCAGCCCCAACCCUCCAAGUGUGAGGAGACAGGAAUGCUAACCCUCCUUCCAGUCCACGUGCGUCUGGCCCGCAUGCGAGAGCUUCCCAGUGAAGAGGCCCCAUGGCCCCGGACUCCUGCUGAGUCCGCACUUUCUACUGUGUAAAUGUAUGUUUACCGUGUAAAUUUCUGGGUGUGGACUUUCUCCCUGCAGAUCUAUAAUUUCUCAGAAGAGAAGCUGAGAAACGACCUGGAAAAAAAUCAAAGCUCAAUAAAGGGAGGAAGACAAAGCCGCCCCUCGGCACUGCUGCAGGAUGAGCUGGGGAGGGGGCGCCACGAGGUUGGGGGCGGGCGGGGCUGGCCUCCAGCCUCUCCUGGGCCCGGACAGCUCCUGCGUACCUCACUUCUUCUCUCCUCACCCAUGCACCUUUCAGGAGGCAGACCUGACUCCUUCUCUGCCUCACCAAGAGGUUCAAGAGUCUCCUAAAGCUUGACAAGCCUUGCCCUCCCCAGACUCAGUUUUGCCUUUUUCAGUGCCUUCUGGCCCCUUCCGCGCACAGGCCCCCCGCCCCAGGCAGAGCAGAGGGACUGGUGGGCAGGCACGUCUGGCAGCCAGAGGAAGGGUCCUCAGCAAAGGAGGAAGGGGUUGGCUGGAGGGCAGCAUGGUACCUGGCAGCCUGGGGUAGAUGUGGUCAGAUCUGGAAGAGCAGAGCCCAGGGCUCCCCAGGUGGAGGGGAGGAUGGUGCCCUGAAUCAAGCAGCCACACCCCUUCUUACCAUGUCUGACCUGUGGCUGACCUCAGGCUGGGCACUGGGUACCUGUCCCAGGGCCUGUGCAGUGCAGGGUGGCCGUGGCCCCAAAGGAGCCCUGAAGGGCAGGAUGGGGCCCACUGCUGGUGGGGGCUGGUCUCACAGCCACAAGACCUCGCGCCCGAGGCCAGCCAUCCCCCACUCUCUUCCUGGGAGGACGUUGGGGAAAACAAACACAAAGUGGCCGGGGCCCUGCCAAGCAUUCCUAGAAGAGGCUAGGGGGAGGGGCAGUGGCCAGACAGCAGCUGACCCUGAGGUCACGGGAGAAGCCAAGGCUGGGCCAGGCCCCUGGGAGCUUGAACAAGGACCCCACCCAGGCAGUUAGGAAAUGGGGAGGAGGGGGGGAGUGGUCAGCAUGCCGGGGGUAGAUGGGCAGGCCCAUUUGGAGACGUGUGGUUCCUGCUUAACUCCCACAUGGCCAUCUGCUGGGAGGGAAGACCCUAGGAGCCCCCUGAGGGGCCCCUACCCACAGGCAGGGCAGCUGGCUGAGCACCAGCUCCUCACAGGCUGCUCCAAGGGAGACCCCCCCCCAGUAUUGCCUGCAGCCCCAGCUCUGCUCCACCUAGCCCUGCAGGGGGAUGGGAAGAUGGGGGGGUUGGAAAGAUGGGGGUAUGGGCCCCUGUUGUCCCUUAGAGCUGCACCCCGGGCCACCUUGCACCCUGAAGAUGCGUCAGGGCAGAUGCAGCCCCCAGCCUGUCCCCUGUGCCAUCUGCACCCUGGGCCCCAGUGCUGAUGCUGGCAGCCCGGCAGGAGGGGGUUAAUGGAGCUGGGGCCAGCAGGCUGGGCUGGCCAGUGACAAGGGUGCUGGCUGUCCCAGAGGCAGUGGGGAAAUCCAGAGGGCAGGAGCAGCCGGCCCCAACAGACGCGCCCCACUCCCUGCCCGCCUGCGGACUGCUCUGCACGAGGGAUGGCCCUGAGGAGAGGUGAGGCCCCCACGUGCCCCAGCCACUCACUUCGGGGUGGGGGCGGCGACCGUGUGCCCCCAAGCUCACUGGGGUAGGGGCUGCCCCCAGGGAGGGCUCAGCUUUAGGUGGGCUGGGGCUCUGGGAGCCCAUGGGGGAAAUGUGGCCACUCAGGGUGGUGGGGUGCCUGGCCCUGGAGAAUCGCUGUUGCCUCCUGCUCCCUCCUCUCCUACCCGAGGGCCCAGGCUGGCAGCGCAGGGGAGGAAGGGCACCCACACUGCUACCCCAGGGGCCCUGCCUUAGACCCUCCACUGGGCCAGGGCAUGCUGCCUUCCCAGCUGCUCGGAGGCCAGUCCAUUGCCACUCUGUCCCCUCUCGGAGCCUAGCCCAAUCCAGCUGGCGUGUCCACCCUGGGACCCGGAACUCUCAGAGACCAGAGAGAGGCCUGAUGUGGUGGGCAGCCCAGUGCCCAGUGGAACUUAUGGGGAUUGUUGCUGUGAAGCCUGGCAUCCUUUGUCCUGUGCCACUACCCAACCUCCGGUGGGUCAGUGGCCUGGGGUCCCCAUCUGCCCUUGAGGCCUGCACCCUCUUCCUCUCCCCACGCCAGCACUGGGCCAAGUCCCUGGGUGCAUGCCGGACACACUAUGGAGGAGGCCCGGCCCUGGUGGUGCUGCUAGUCUCCUGGGCAGUGCUGGGCUCCCACAGCCUGGAGGAAGUGGAGUCCGCGGCACCAGCAGACCCUGAGGGCCCCCAGUGCCCAGCCGUCUGCUCCUGCGGCCACGACGACUACACAGAUGAGCUCAGCGUCUUCUGUAGCUCUCGGAACCUCACGCGGCUGCCCAGCGGCAUCCCGGAUGGCACCAGGGCCCUGUGGCUGGAUGGAAACAACUUCUCCUUCAUUCCCGCGGCCACCUUCCGGAACCUCUCCAGCCUGGGCUUCCUCAACCUGCAGGGCAGCGGGCUGGCCAGCCUGGAGCCGCAGACGCUGCUGGGCCUGCAGAACCUGUACCACCUGCACCUGGAGCGGAACCAGCUGCGCAGCCUGGCAGCCCGCACCUUCCUGCACACGCCGGGCCUGGCCUCGCUCGGCCUCAACAACAACCUGCUCAGCCGGGUAGACGAGGACCUCUUCAGGGGCCUUGCCCACCUCUGGGACCUCAACCUGGGCUGGAACAGCCUGGCCGUGCUGCCCGACACUGCGUUCCAGGACCUGGCCAGCCUACGCGAGCUGGUGCUGGCGGGCAACAAGCUGGCCUACUUGCAGCCCGCGCUCUUCUGCGGCCUCAGUGAGCUCCGCGAGCUGGACCUGAGCAGGAAUGCCCUGCGGAGCGUCAAACCCAAUGUCUUCGUCAAGUUGCCCAAGCUCCAGAAGCUCUACCUAGACCACAACCUCAUCACCGCUGUGGCCCCAGGUGCCUUCCUGGGCAUGAAGGCGCUGCGCUGGCUGGACCUGUCACACAACCGCGUGGGUGGCCUCCUGGAGGACACCUUCCCGGGGCUGCUGGGCCUGCACGUUCUGCGCCUCUCACACAAUGCCAUCGCCGGCCUACGGCCCCGGACCUUCAAGGACCUUCACUUCCUAGAGGAGCUGCAGCUUGGCUACAACCGUAUCCGGCAGCUGCCGGAAGAGGCCUUCGAGGGCCUGGACCAGCUAGAGGUGCUGGCGCUCAACAACAACCAGCUACAGGAGCUCAAGGCAGGCGUCUUCCUGGGCCUCUACAACCUGGCCGUCAUGAACCUCUCUGGCAACUGUCUGAGGAACCUUCCAGAGCAGGCGUUCCAGGGCCUGGGCAAGCUGCACAGCCUGCACCUGGAGGGCAGCUGCCUGGGCUGCCUCGGCCCACACACCUUCACCGGCCUCUCGGGGCUGCGCCGGCUCUUCCUCAAGGACAACGGCAUUGCGGCCAUCGAUGAGCAGAGCCUGGGGGGGCUGGCCGAGCUGCUAGAGCUGGACCUCACCUCCAACCAGCUCACGCACCUGCCUGGCCAGCUCUUCCAGGGCCUCAGCCACCUGGAGUACCUCCUCCUGUCCCGCAACCGGCUGUCUGCGCUAUCGGUGGAUGCCCUGGGGCCCCUGCAGCGCAUCUUCUGGCUGGAUGUGUCGCACAACCGCCUGGAGGCGCUGCCUGAGACUGUGCUCGCGCCACUGGGGCGGCUGCGCUACCUCAGCCUCCGGAACAACUCGCUGCGGACCUUUGUGCCGCAGCCCCCCGGCCUGGAGCGCCUGUGGCUCGAGGGCAACCCCUGGGACUGCGGCUGCCCCCUCAAGGCCCUGAGGGCCUUCACCCUGCAGCACCCGGGCGUCGUGCCCCGCUUCGUCCAGGCCAUGGCAGAGGGAGAUGACGGCCACCAGCCGCCCGCAUACGCCUACAACAACAUCACCUGCGCCAGUCCCCCCAGCAUCUCGGGCCUUGACCUGCGCGACAUCGGCGAGGCCCACUUUGCCCACUGCUGACCCGAGGCUGCCCUGCGGUCUGGACGGGCCCUUGCCACCCCAGGGGACAUGGACCUGGGACCUGUGGGCCCCAGCCUGGUCCCUGAGGGCCUGACCGGGAGGGUCGGGGACACAGCCUCCCCAACUAUCAAUUAAAAGCAACCCAAUAAA